AUGUUGAUUGAGGAGGGAGAUGUGCGAAGUUCCGUUGGUACCCAGGGGAAUGGAUUGAUUGGCGCUGACACAGAUGACUAUGAAGUUGUUGGCAUGAUGGAGAUUGAAGGAGGCAUCAGAGAAAGGGUCCUAGGAGCCGGAGUGGAGGCAGAGAUGGGAACCCCGCUGGGCGCUGCUGUAAUCUACGCAUUUCAAGGAGAACGUCCAAACAUCAGGCGCCGAGGGCCAGGCGACCCAGACGCUAGUGUGGGACCUUUGGGCCAGCUGAGAAAUGAGAUGGGCGUCGAUCUGAGCACUAUUGGCCAACAGGCUUGUGGAGGUGGGCGUGUAAAAGCCGCUGGGCACGCAGGGAUCGCUGGGCGCGCAGCUAGGCGUGCAUGUAUGGUUGGGGCUACUUUAGGGAAACAGGGAGGCAGGUGUGCGCUACCAAGGGCUAGCCAUGGUCUAGGCAGUGGAGCGAGCACCGAGGGGCGUCUAGGCGUUUCCAUGCACGUAGAUGGGGCGAGCCAUGGUGGGUGCCUAGGUGCUACUACUGGGAGCGCCUCAAUGGCCCUCAAGGAGAAGGCACUGGCGCCCACUGUUGUUGCCAUUCGAAUGGGAGGCAUUAACUGCGGUGGGAAGCUUAGGCGAGCCCUAAGCAUUGCCAAUGGAGGGUUCGCUGGGCGCGCAGUUGGACGUACAGGUGUGGUUAUGGCUACUUUAGGCAAGCAGGGAGGUGGGUGCACGCUAUCAAAGGCUGAUCAUGAUCUAGACAAUAAGGCCAACACUGAUGGGGAGAGCCAUUGUAGGUGCCCAGGCAUUGCUGCUAGGAGCGUAUCGAUGGAGCUCGAGGAGGAGGCACGGGUGCCCGCUGCUACUGUCGUUCACGUAGGAGACAUUGACAACGGUGGGCAACUAGGGUGA